AGUAGGGUUGUUCUUCCCUACUAUCUCUCCCACCUCCACCGCCUCCGGCCGCCUCUCCGGCGAUCGCCGACUUCUGCGAGUAGGCGUGUAUCCCCUUGCGCCUCUUCGCUGAUCCUCUUUUGUUCAGCGGCUGCUCUGAUUGGUGGGGGAGAUGGCUGCACCACUUAUAGCAGGACUUGCGGUGGCAGCCGCUGCUCUUGCCAGUAGAUAUAGCAUCCAAGCUUGGCAUGCUUAUAAAGCAAGGCCUAUAGUUCCCAGGAUGCGCAAAUUCUAUGAAGGUGGUUUUCAACCUGAAAUGGCCCGAAGGGAAGCUGGUUUAAUCCUGGGUGUCAGAGAAAAUGUCCAUCCUGAGAAGGUUAAAGAGGCACACAAAAAGGUCAUGGUUGCCAAUCAUCCGGAUGCAGGGGGCAGUCAUUACCUUGCUUCGAAGAUUAAUGAGGCCAAAGAUGUUUUGCUAGGUAAAACAAAAGGAGGUGGAUCAGUCUUUUGAGUAUAUAAUAUGCACUGUUCGUUCCUUUUUUUUUUUUUGAAACCAAAGCCAGGCUAAGCUGGAGUUAUAUUAAGGAGAAUAGAAAGUAUUUACAAUAUCACCAAGAAAGGUGAAAGAGAUAGAACAGGGGAAACAAAGAAGAAAAGCAACAAGGAAAACCUAAAAGGGAGAUGAUAAACCGAAAUUUUGAUAUACAUGAAGGUAGAAUUAGUCUUUGUUCUUUGUUCCUAUCUCUAGUUCCAGCACUUAGAUGAUAAACCGAAAUUUUGAUGUGUUACAAAAAGAAAAGGACAGUAUAUUUGACCUUUUCAGAUCAGGUUUUUCACUGUUUUGACACUUUGGGCAGUUAUGUGCCACAUGGUUAUGGGAUCACUAAUAUACAUGAAGGUAGAA